UGCAAUGUAACACAUCAGACAUUAUAUAUUUAUGCCCCAUUUGUGGUGGAUUUAUGGUUUGGGGCACCAUGAUCUGACUAAACUCUAUGGCCAUGACCCGAAGCGUGUAAAUACUCGAAAAACAUUUCAAAUGCGGAGAUUCGAAGUUCGUGGAGCAGAGAAUAUGCACUGUUGGGCAACUCUCAAAAUAGUCAAUUCGACUGCUGACUUGUUGCGAGACGGUGUGAUUAGUUGACAGACAAACUCCAUAGAACUGAGGUUUGGGCCUGAAAUAUGUUCUCCGUAAUGGCCCCACAACAGCUCAAAGCCCACUGUUCACUUCGAGAUUUUCGCGACACCAACGACAUCAACGUCACCUGUAAGCUUUCAAACCAUCGAAGGCAUCAAAACCCGAAGUCUAUGAGAAUUGACCGAGCCCGGCAUCAUGGAUCCGUUGAGAACACUCCCUGCGGAGAUUGUCCUGCGAAUUCUGGAUUUCGCAAGCCUGGACAGCCUAGCGAAAUCAAGCCGGCUCAAUCGGGCAUGGCACGAGUUCAUCGAUGCGACUCAUCCAGAUGCCAUAUUCGCCGCGAAGCUGCCCAAUGUCGCGAGCUUGCGCGAACCACGAGAUUAUUUCCAGGACCUGACGUCAUUUGCAAAGUACGGUGAAGGGGCCGAGACGUGGAAGGAGGUUUGCCGGCGGUGGACGUUGCUCGCGCGGAACUGGAGCGAUAAGCUCCCCACCACGAGCGAGUCCAUCGUCAGACUCGAGUCUGCCAGCCACUUCGUCUGGCGGUUCAAACCAGACUUUAAGCGGAGGCUGUUCAUCUCGACAAGUCAGUCGGGUGGUGUUUACGUGACGGAUAUGGACACGGGAAGCACGUUAUGGUCCUUACAAGGCGAAGGCGACGUGCGCGGAUACGCGCAUCUCGAGUAUCAAGACGGCACGGCUGUUUGGGAUAGGUUCGGAAACACAUUGGAAGUUUGGAAGACGGAUUUGCCGGGUUUGCCAAGGGGCCACUUCCGUAACGUUGCCCUCCUCCAUCACGACGCCGAGACGCGAGGAUUUCAGUUAUCUUAUAACACGCUCUGUGUGGUGUCGACUGAUGGGUGUGGGUUCGUGUACGACGUACCCUCUGAUGACGCAUCCCCUGUUUUGCGCAUGCGUAUCGACAUUCCGCAGGGCGCAAUCGGACACCUCGAUCAGAAUGAGCAAGCGGUCAUGUAUUCAAUGGGCUCUGAGGGGUACCAUUUCUACGAUAAAACCUCGGGCGACUCGUUAGGGUACAUCUGCCCGCACCUUGUAGACCCGUUCAGAGUGUACCACAUCAACCAUCCAGCCCAGCCCCCGACAGACUUUGAUCGUGUGCGCCGCGAGAUAAUGGCCAGUUUUCCAACAAACGACCCCAUCCAUGCUCCAUUCCCGCCAAAGAACCCCCAAAAAGACCGUCUGGUAACUUGCCGCAUCCUUCCUGGCCCACUCAGGUCCAGUCUUCCCAUACCCGUAGCGGUCAACGGCCCAGCACUCGACGACGACGACUGGGGCGCGGGCAUGUUGCAUGGCAAGACCAUGGCCGGGGUUUCCCGCGGAGGUAGAAUUCUUGUGUGCACCGACUGGGAGCGUGCGUUGCGCAGUGAGAGCGACUUCACUGCUGUGACGUCUAUGAUAGAGUGUGAGCCCACAACCGGGGCUGACUUUGACCUCGGCGGCUGGCUGUCGAUACACGAGACGCCUGGGGGGAAGCGGAUUAUCUUCGAGGUUAAGAACAGGAUCUACAUACUCUCCCUGGACGCGAUGGGAGAAUUCAGCACGGUGAUGCCGGUGCUGGUUGCGACUACGAGUUUACCCGCGUUGGGUGUACCGGUCAGCUUCAUGGGCGUCUACGACGAUUGCGUCAUGAGCACGUUCACCAUGAUCAGGCCGGAGACGGAGGCGGUGGACGAUGCGGAUGACGAGGAUACUCCGGCGUGGCGCAUUGUUCCCACCAAGAUCAUCAGGGUGUUGAGCUUUGCGCCAGAACUCUACGAGCGAGACGCCUCGGACGAGGCGCAGUAAAGGUGUGCUGGUUUCCAAAAACGCGCUUGUAAGUAGCUGACGUGUGUAACGCCUUAGGAGGAGUCCAUGGAGCAUUUUCUACGGACUCAGGAUGUUUGCCGUUGUAUGUCAAGCCGACGCCACUGUAAAUUACUGAGAGUGGUGGAGAUUCCCGGCCACGGAGAAAUAAGUUCUUCAGGCUAUCCGCGACUCUGACAGUACCACCUUGAGUACAAAUAAGAGUGCGGAUCAUCAAACAAAUGCAUGUACACCCGUCUCAAACUAGAAUGACCAGCAAUAUUAGAGUCACCAUAAUGAGUGCUUCGUGCAAGGCAUACUUUGCGCACUGCAGGGUAGUGCAGUGUAAUGAAUAUGUACGUCAAUAUGUAUUCAGAUCAAGGGUCCGAGCUUCCCCAUUGAAAAUGAAUCCCCCACAACUAUUAACCUAGGUUAGUCUAG